AUGAGUGCGGAUCGGGAGCAGGCUCUCAUGACUCACCUGACGUCCCCCCCCGGAGAAAGGCCAUUCGCGUUUCCGGCUUGCGACGAAAGCUUUAGCGAUGAGAGAAAUCUCAUAAUCCACAGCCAGGCGGAGGAGCGGGAGUACAAAUGCAUUCUGUGCGGGAAAUGCUUCAACCAGCAGCCCAGCCUGACCCGGCACCAGAAGAACCACGCGGGGGAGCGGGCCUACAUCUGCCCCGAGUGCGGUAAGAGCUUCAGCCUCAAGCACAACCUGAUCAUCCACCAGCGCACGCACACGGGCGAGCGGCCCUACAAGUGCAGCGUCUGCGAGAAGAGCUUCAGCCUCAAGCAGAACCUGGUCACCCACCAGCGCAUCCACACCGGGGAGCGGCCCUUCGCCUGCCCCGAGUGCGGGAAGAGCUUCCGGGAGCAGCGGUUCCUCCUCAACCACCAGAGGACCCACACGGAGGAGCGGCCCUACGAAUGCAGCGACUGUGGCAAGUCCUUCAAGGAGAAGCAGACGCUGGCCAGCCACCAGCGGACCCAUAGCGGGGACAGGCCCUACCAGUGCACCGAGUGCGGGAAGAGCUUCAGUCAGCGCACGUUCCUGGUGACGCACGAGAAGACCCACCAAGGGGGGAGCCCGUUCCCCUGUGGCGAGUGCGGGAAGAGCUUCAGUUGCAAGAGCGGCCUCGUCACCCACCAGCGCAUCCACACUGGGGAGCGACCCUUCGCCUGCCCCGAGUGCGGGAAGCGCUUCAGCCAGAAAGGCUCUCUGAAAAUCCACCAGAGAAUCCACACCGGGGAUACCCCCUUCACGUGCCCCGAGUGUGGGAAAACCUUCACGCAGAAGAUAAACCUGACUACGCACCAGAGAACCCACCUGGGAGACAAAGCCCUCACAUGA